GAUUACCUUUACAUCUUUUCGCUGCAUUGUAUAGAUGUCCAGUUUAGAAUGUUCAAAAAAUUUGACGAGAAAGAAGAUGUGACUGGAGCCACUCAGUUGAAAUCGUCUGUGCAGAAAGGAAUACGAAAUAGAAUUAUUGAGCUCUAUCCACAUAUCGAGCCAUAUCUCAUCGACAUAUUGCCAAAGAAGGAAAACUUCAAACUGAUCAAGUGCAAAGAUCAUGUGGAGCUGCUUGCUGAUCACAAUGGUGUAGUGCAAUUUUUGAAAACCAGGAAUACGGAUUGGAUACCUACGUUGCGAUUACUGCACAAAUAUCCGUUCAUGAUGCCACAUCAGCAGGUUGACAAAGGUGCUAUCAAGUUCGUUUUGAAUGGCUCAUCGAUAAUGUGUCCAGGAUUGACAUCUCCAGGAGCUAAAAUGACACCCGGCGUUCCUGCAGAUGCUAUAGUUGCUGUCAUGGCUGAGGGCAAACAACAUGCUUUAGCUAUAGGGCAGAUGAAAAUGAGCUCUGAAGAAAUCCAGUCAGUAAAUAAAGGCAUAGGUAUCGAAAAUGUACAUUACCUUACUGACGGAUUGUGGAGAUUAGCUGAGAAACCGCUCAACUAACUUUGUUGUUGUUCCGGAAUGUUCAUUGUUGAUAUUUUCUACAAAAUUUUCGACUUAAGCUCGAUGCGAAGAGCCUUCGCAAGUGACAUUGUUUUAACAUUUGAGAUCUUUUGUUUUAUGCCGAGUGUCUUGC